GGAACGGAACGGAACGUGGACUGGAGAAGAAGAAGGUGGAUGCAUGGAGUAAGAAGAAAAUAAAGGACGUUAUCUACGUUAUAUAUAUAUAUAUAUAUAUAUAUAUAUAUAUAUAUAUAUCGUCGUGGUAGGAGGAUACGAACGACAUCGCUAAAGGGUCAAUCUUGUUCUUGUGCUCCAUCCUCGUCCUUUUUCUUUAAAUUGCCAGUUAGAAGAAUGCAAGCACUUCUGUAACGUUAUUCUAACUUUUUAUAAUCAUCCGAUUGCCAAGCAAAGAAGAGCAGGAGAAUAACGAUAAGGAGGAAGAUAGAAAAGUUUGGAAUGAUAGAGGCAAGCCAUUGACCUCUCUUUUCCUCUACGAUAAGGGGAAAGCGCAUAAUCGAAGCCGGAGAAGAGCGCGAGAAUCGCGAAAAGAAGGAAAUCGAGCGAACGAACGAACGAACGAACGAACGAACGAACGAACGAACGAACGAGCAAGGGAGCGAGCGAGCGAACGAGUCGAGUCGAGUCGAGUCGAGUCGAGUUGAGUCGAGACGAGUCGAGUCGAGUCGAGUAGAGACGAGUCGAGUCGAGUCGAGCCGUGUGGUGGCAGCCCAGUGACCCGUUUUCCCUUCACCCUCAAUCGAUGUACUCCUGUACUACCGUUUAAAAGGGAACGAAAACAAAACACGAGCUUCGACGACGACCCUUUGGUCCUUCCUCGAGGAUAUCGGGAACACGGCAACACGCUACCCGUGACCCCCUUUUCAUUCCAAAUCGAUGUAGUCCUCGUUGAUCGAGAGAGAGAGAGAGAGAAAGAAAGAGAGAAAGAGAGAGAGAAAGAUAGAGAAAGUCACAGAGAUAGAGAGAUUAAGAGAGAUAGAUAGAUAGAGAUAGAUAGAUAGAUAGAUAGAUAGAUAGAUAAAUAGAUAGAUAGAUAGAUAGAUAGAUAGAUACAUAGAUAGAUACAGAAAGAAGGAGAAAGAGAGAGAGAGAGAGAGAGAGAGAGAGAGAAGGAAAAAGGGUUGAAAAUCUAGCAGGAGAGUACGUCUCUUCCUUUCUCCAUCCUAAGAGCAACGUCCCUCGACGUCGUUCCAUGCUGGAUCCGAGAGUUGGACCAGGUACGACGGAGAGGGAAGAGAGAAUGCGAGAACCUCCUAAAAGUCUGUGAAACAUGAUUUGUCAUACGGAUGUCGCGGGUGGUAAUCGUAAGACGAGCAACACCGACGACGAAGACGAGGACGACGAGGAGGACGAGAACGAGAACGACGAGGACGAGGACAAGGAUAAUAACAACGACGACGACGACGACGACGACGACGGCGAAGAAGAUAAGGAGGAGAACGAAGACAAGGAGGAGGACAAAAAGGAAGAUAAGGGAACGAAUCUUAGGUGGAUUAUCGAGUCUAACGCGUUGGGAAUUAUUCUCAGCGAGGAGGGUAGAAUAAGAAGGAGAAGAAGAAGAAGAAGAGGAGAGAGAGGAGAAGAAGUAGUAGAAGGAGAAAGAGGAGAAGGAGGAGGAGGAGGAGGAGGAGGAGGAGGAAAAGGAGAAGGAGAAGAGGAAGAAGAAAAAGAAGUGAAAGAAGAAGAGGAGGAAGAAGAAGAAAGAGAAGAAGUGAAAGAGGAAGAAGAAAAAGAGAAAGAAAAAGAAAGCGAGGGCGCAACGUCGCGGGCGUGUUCGCGGGCGUUCGGUGAUAAGGUGGUGCGUUCACCAGGUGUCGGAUGACUCGGCGACGAGGGCUUAGAUAUCCCGUAGUCGUAGAAAAGGCGCGUUACCCUGCGAUAAUAAUAAAUAUAAUAACAACAGAAGUUUAUAUAUCGUUCGCAUAUUCGAGAGGAGAACGUACGCGCGAGUCCGUCGCGCUCUCUCGUCGGCGACGUCGCCGGUGUUGGCGCUGCAUAGCCGGCCUCCUAGCCAGGCCGCUGGCCAGCCUCCUGCCCAUCAACGCGUUAGACCCCGACCUCCAACCCGUGAUAAAACGCGCCCAAUCUCUUUAGACCGUGAUGGAGGACUUACCCGAUAUAUCGCACCUCACUCCCGAGGAGAGGCGCAUCAUCGAGGAGGUUAUGAUACGACAGAAGAAGGAGGAGGAAAAAGCGAAUGAGAUUAUGAGACGAAAGCAGGACGAGGUUCAAGUCCUGGAGGAAACGAUACGAGCCCGUUCGGAGAAACACAAGAAGGCUGGGGUGGAGCUUAACGCCACGUGUCAAGUAUGCAUGAAAACCAAGUUUGCCGACGGCAUUGGUCACAACUGCAACUACUGCCACAUCCGGUGCUGUGCACGCUGCGGUGGAAAGGUCACUCUACGUUCGCGUAGGGAAAUAUGGGUGUGCAUCCUCUGUCGGAAGAAGCAAGAGGUCCUUACGAUGACGAAGGCUGGCCUCGGUGCCGCGGACAACGCGAUGCUGCCACGAAUGCAGGAGGACAUGCAGGUGGGUGGUCCUCCGGGACUCGUGGACCAAACUCAGGAUAAGAGGCCGAAACUCGAGAGGGCGCACAGCGCAGCCGAGAAGGAGAACCUGCCUUUGCUGCAAAGAAGCGGAAGUCUGCUCAAAAGGCAGUACUCCCAGCAAGAGCAGGUUCCAGGACGUCGGGUGUCCACGAGCGAUAGCGGAGUAGAGAUGUCUGUUUCACCUCAUUCGAGAACUCUACCGACACCCCAUGUAGUCGUUGGUUCGUAUCCCGCUCAACAAAUUCCAAGACAUCCUGAAGCCUACCCCGAGGACGAUCCUAGUCUGUACAGGGGUGAAAUCGACGGUCUCAUGAGACAACAUCCGCAAAAUUAUCCGAGGCAACGACCGAUCUAUCAGGAUCAGAACUCUGACAUUGCAAUGGCGUAUGGUCAAUCAGGGACGGAGACCGGUCCUUCGCGUGGACCGGUACAUCCCUCGCAGCAACACACUGUGGUACAUCAAGCGCAAGGUACGCAUCCCUCUCAAUCAGCUGCCUCAGGUCAGAGUACUCUUCAGCAACAAAGAAGUUAUAGUAGCAGCGAGGAAGAACGAAGUACGCCGGAAUGUGGUAGCGACGAGCCGGACGAGUCCGAGAAGGGAAAGGGGUAUAACCAGAACGCGGAUGAUCCGAUGAUGGCUGCGAGCGAGGAUACACGUGGGAAAAAUGUUUCCCACAAUGGGCAACAUCCCAUCAAGAGUACUGUCAGCAUCAAAUUUGACGGUCAUCAUUCACCGCGAGAGCCGCGAAAAGUGGAGAACACGAUCGUCAAACGGAGUUUCCGGAGGAAUGGCGUCGAAUGGCGUGUCGAUAGUAGGAGGUUCACAGAAAGGAGGAAAAAAAAGACGGUUCGAUUCGAUGGCGGGACCAAUAUUGGCAGUCCUCAGGAGGAUUGGUCAUGGGAGGCCGAUCAGCUGGGUAGCCAAGACAGCACAACCAAAGAUUCCGGUAUAGAGACAUCAAGUACGUUCACGAGCAGCGAGGACAGCAACAGGAACGAUCUGUCCAAGCAUCCUUUCUCCUGGCAAGUCAGCAGAGACGGUCAGAAGUUAAUCGGACACAUGGUCUUAAGAAAGUCCUUGGGUUCUGGAAGCAGUACAAGUAUACUCGGUCUCAAGGUCGUCGGUGGUAUACUAUUAGAGGAUGGUUCUAUGGGAGCUCUUAUCGAAAAGGUCAAGAAGGGUAGUACAGCUGAUAUAGAAGGUCAAUUGAGACCAGGCGACGAGGUACUCAAAUGGAACGGUAGAUCUCUUCAGGGUAAGAGCUUCAGGGAUGUAUACGAGAUUAUCGCGGAAUCGAGACAGGAGUCUCAAGUUGAAUUGAUAGUUUCGCGAAAUUUAUCGGCCGCAUUGGCACCGAGUACUACGACAAUGACAACAACGACGACGAUGGUAGGGCAACAACAACAACAACAACAACAACAACAACAACAAGGACCACCGGGUUCGUCGAUGUCUGUACCGUCCAGGCGAAUUCCUACACAGUCACAAUGGAGACAAAAGCAAGACUCCAUUUCCGGUUCUCAACAACCCCAUCACAAAGAUUAUAUGAUUUUUCGCAUUCCAGGUCUUAAGAAAUGCAUCCUAUGGGAAUUGUACGACGCGAGGCGCGAGAAACCGUCGGUUUUAGUGACGUCACCUGGCUCACCGGAUCUACACGGUCAAGGACGCGUAAGGCAACCCCGUAGAGGGGUAUCAGGAAAUGCAAACGUCGGUGGUAGUCUUCAAGUGAAGCUUGCCUUCGAUCCCGUUGCACUUCAACUAAUUGUCACCGUCGUUUACGCUUCGAAUCUUACUCCACGUCCCGAUGGUCAACCAAGAAAUCCAUACGCCAAGAUCUUUCUACUUCCCGAUAGGAGCGAGAAGUCGAAGAGACGGACGAAAACGUUGGCUAACACGAACGAUCCAAGAUGGAAUCAGACUUUCGUUUACAACGGGAUAAGAAGAUCGGAGCUUAGAAAGAGAGCAUUGGAGAUUACGGUUUGGGAUUACGGGAGGUACGACGCGAACGAUUUUCUUGGUGAAGUCGUCAUAGAAUUGGCGGUUGCUCCAUUGAACGAAGAACCCGAGUGGCAUCCAUUGACGGUACAUACGGAACAUCGGCAUUAUCAGGAGGCCGACGAUAUGGUGAUAACACCGGUGGAUUGCCAUCUUAGCCCGCCGUCGACAACAUCGAGAUUAAGCGAUUCCGACACUUCGGAGUGCGACAUCACGGAUUGCGACGUCUCCAGGGAACAGAGACGAACGGCUGACGGUGCCAGCAUAAGUAGUAUCGGCAGUUCCUCCAGGUUUCAUAAUAUGCCGUCAAAUUAUAAGCGCCACUAUUCUAGCCCCCCGCCGGAAAGAGAGCUGUGCGUCGAUGGUGAACAUCGGAGUCGAAGGGACAUGUCGCCUCAAGGUCGUAAAAGAGCUGCCCUUAUGGUCUCCCGCGAUCAACCCGCCUCGAUUUCCGGCUAUCAGAUUUAUCGGAAGGACGAUAUUCAUCGUGGAAUGAUGGGUCACAGAUCCCACAGCGCAGCACCAAUGGACUCACCUAGCGUACGUUACCGUGGGAGAUCCCAAAGUCCCACCGGUCAUCGUUCUUUAUCUCCGCCCGAACACAGAUCCAUGCCUUAUUCGCACAGUUACAUGCCGAGAUUCGGUUCCAGAUCGGCAACAGCCACGCCUACCGGUUCGCCAAAGAAGCGUCAGCUUCCACAAAUUCCAGCAGCCCUUAAAGAGAGAGUAGCUCAAGAUCUCGAAGAAAGAGCAAGGUUUAUGAGGCAUCGUACUAGGCAAGGACACAUUACGUAUAGGAGUACGGGAAUGGGAGGCUGGGAAAGACACUACAGCGGUCUUUCAGACUCGGAUCUACCAUCGAUCGGUCAUGAUCCAUUAUCCUUACCGCACAGUAAUGCUCACAGACUGCACAGACCACGAAGAGGGCAUUUAAGUCCGGACAAAGAUGUCCUUGGUGACCUUGGGGACUCCGACAUGGAGAGCAUAGCCUCCAUAACGAGCAGUGCCUUCAGUACGCAAUCGGAACGACCGCGUGGAUCGAGGGGAUUAAUGCUACGGGACACCGGCCUGUUGUCGCGCCGAGCCAAGAGUUUCGAGUACGAGACCAUUUCAAGCAACAUAUUCAGCGACGACAGUCUCAGAACGGCGAGGAGGAAGUUGAAGAGAAAUCUUUCUCUGAGCGACGCCGGUUACGGCGACAAGAUACCGGCGUUGGGGGAUCAGAGCAAGUCCUACUACGAUUCGAACGGCGACGAUAAGCCGCCAAAGAGUUUGCUGAACAAGGAGCCCAAUUACGAUUACCUCACGAGCCAAGAUCACAAGCCUUUUUACGGUUACGAUUCGGAGCUCAGCGCGGGCGAGACAGAGAUUUACGUGCCGAGCUUCGAUAAACGGACGACGAGCAUAAUCGAGGACUAUCAUCACCAUCGACCUUACCCACCCCUAGAUCCGCGCCGUCUUACCACCGCCACGACGCUCACCGACGACCUUAGAUCCACCUUCGGCCGCGAGGACACUACCAAGAGGAAAUACGUCGAGUCCUCUUCUUAUCAGGAUCACGACGCCACCACCUUCAACGCGCACAUAUCCGCCGAGAAGAGAACGAAGAAUCUCGACGACCCGGACCUCUGCGAUCCUUUGAACGAUCACGUUUAUUGCAGCAUCGACGAGACAGUAUCAUCCUCGGACAAUUGUUACAACGCAACCAGAAGCGACGACGAGUACGAUCAAGCGAGGAGGCUCGCUAUGAUUUCUUCUCUUCCGCCACGUAGACGAACGAAAAGUACCGACUCCUAUCUCGAGGACGAUUACGAACGUUACGAGAAUUGGGACGUCGAUUACGACGACGAGGACGAGGGUUUCAUCGAUCGUCGAAAUCACGAGGACUACGACGACGAGGACGAGGACCUCGACGAGGACGUCGAACGAUACGGUUACGAGAACGGGGACGAUAUGACCGGGACUGCGACUACGACGAAUACGACGAUGACGGGGACUACGACGACGAUGACGACGACGAACUUGCGUAACAACGAUCGCUCGAUUUAUAAUCGUCGUCAUCAAGACGAUUACUAUCGGGACGAACAUCCACGACGUACAGCCGCUUCGAGGAACGCACAGUUUGACGAUGGUACUCUAAUCGUCGACGACUAUUACAACGGGUAUCGUAGCGCCGACGACUACGAUUAUCACCGUACGAUAACGCACACCCCGAGUGGCCUCGAGAACGAUAAGAGUUACAACGUCAAUACAUUCCCACGAAGGCGUAGGAGAAGAAGCAGACGAGGUAGCAGAGGCGAUAACAGCAACGUCGUCUCCUACGAGAACGUAAGAGCUUCGAACGUACGGGACGUCCCAUUGUCGAGGAAGGACAGCCUGGCCGUACCGAGUUUUUUCGAGAGCAAGAGAAUGAUGAUCCAACGCGCGGAGUCCACGCCGGUGCUGCAUUCCGACGAGGAUCCAACGGCGUGCCCCGCGGCUAUGGAUGCCAGAAACAGACGUCUCUAUCGCAGGAGACGUAACAGCAGUUGUCCCGAGACGAAGGGUUCGUACAUCCGUACGAGCGAGACCUUUCUCAGGCGUGGAAGUUGCAAGGACGAGGAGAGAAGGUCGAACUUUAUGCUGGACUCCGAGGAGGAGUUUGGCUCGAUGGAGACGGUCGUCGGUGCCGAUUACUUUAGACGGAAAAACGAGUUGGACCCUCGUGACGAUGGUGGUGGUGGUGGUGGUGGUGGUGGUGGUGGUGGUGGUGGUGGUGGUGGGGGUGGUGGUGUAGUCCUUGUAGGCGAAGACCGAUUAGGAUCGGGUAGAUCAGAUUACUACGACGACGAGCCGCCGGUAGACUCCUCGAGGUACGAUCUCCUGCCGGAUUACGAGUGUCGCGAAUGUAACGAGGCUGCCGCCGCUCGCGAAUUCGUUAGGUCAGGGUCGCUACGUUCCUCGAACACGCACGAGUCGCGUUAUCAGAAUUGGUCGUCCUCGACGCGCGGUAGUAUUAGACGAAAGAGUAGCUGUCCGGAGUGCCGUGAGCUGGCGCUGUCCUCUUCCGGUGCCGAUUUAGCCGGCGUUGGUAGGUCGCGUAGGAGCGAUGAGAGGAGGUCGUUAGUCGAGGCGAGGCAGAGGUAUCGUAGGCGAAACAGCAGCUGCCCCGAGGCUAGGGAACUCGAGCUUAUAGAGAAGAGGCAGCAACAGCCGCAGCAGGACGGCAGGCACCAGUCGCGUCAGCCUUCGGCGAUGCAGUCGAUGCAGACCCAACACCGCCAGCAGCAACAGCAACAACAGCCGAGUAGUAAGAGGAACGUGGCGAUAAGCGACACCCUCGAGUACUACGAGUACUCGAUGGAGAGCGAGAGCCAGUGCAGCGAGAACUGCGGAUUUGGCCCGUGCGAUCCGCGUAGGCCCCGUAACCGAGCACCCCGCCCCGGUAACGCUAAUUCAAGUCUCUUUGAUUCCCAAACCGCUACCUCCGACACUGCUAAAAACUACCACCCACGGGCCGACGAUCAUCAACACGAAAACCCACGUACGAUCGCGAAACCGACAUCGACGCAACAACAACAACAACAACAACACCAACAACAACAACAAUAUCAACAUCAAUAUCAACAACAACAACAACAUCAACAACAACAUCAACAACAACAUCAACAACAACAUCAACAACGACAACAACAACUACAACAACAACAACAACUACAACUACAACAACAACAACAUCAUCAUCAACAACCACAUCAUCGACAUCAUCAACAUCGCCAAACGAACCACGAACCACGAUCGUCGUCGUCGUCGUCGCCGCCGCUGCCGCCGCCGCCGCCGCCACUCCCGCACCCGCACCCGCCGCCGUCGUUGUCGUCGUCGUCGUCGUGUCAAUACUGCGCCCUCCCUCCUCCUUCUAUUCAUAAUAAAAACGCCGCCGCUAAUAAUUAUUAUCCCAAUCGUCGCGACCACGACGGUGAAUUCCCAACGUCCCAUCGGCGUACCCAUCGGAAAAUAAUAUCUUAUAACGACGCCGGCGGCGACGCCGACGGUACCGUCGACGGUCACUCGACGACGACCGUCAUCAUCAACGAUGGUGACGUUCUCGACGGUGAUGUUGAUCAUCGACGACGACGUUACGACGACGACGACCCGCGGGAUCGUCGCUCCUCCUCCAUGCCCGAAAACAGCGAGUACUCCGGCCAGUCGAGCUCCUACGAGAAGCCAACGAGGCAUCAGACGACCGACAAUGGCCACGACGAACAACAUACCGGAAAACGGGGCCAAUUUACUAGGAGUCUCAGUAACACGGACGCACCGCCGGACGAAAAAGUCGAUGGUAGCUUGAGCGACACCGCCGUGAGUUUGCACGUGGAUGAUGCCUCGAGGAGGGGUCGUAAGAGUUCACCGGGUAGUAAAAGCGGAAGCGGAAGUAGCAGCGGCGGCGGAAGCGCCGUACAGUAUCAGGCCGGUCUUGGAAAGAAGAGUAACAGCACGAGUCAGCUAUCCGCGACAGAAAACGGGAUGCUCGUCCUCGGUGGUGGUGUCGGUGGUAGUGGUGGUAUCCAUGGUAGAGUUGGUGGUAGUAGUGGUACUGGUGUUGGUAGUAGUGGUACUGGUGGUAUUGGUGGUGGUAGUGGUAGUGGUGGUAUAGGUGUUGCUGGUAUUGGUGUUGCUGGUGUUGCUGGUGCUGGUAGUGGUGGUGGUAGUGGUGGUGGUGGUGGUGGUAGUGGUAGUGGUACCAUUAUCAGCGAGUUACGAGUCGUGGCUUUUUCGAAUCGGAAGCGCAACAGUACACCGAGCAGCAUCCAACGUUCCGAGGAGAUCUAUUCGUUCUAUCAACGCUUCGAUUCUGGCAAGAUGAUGGUGGGAUCGGUGACCAGCGAUACAGCCGGAAGUCUCAACUCGAUAUCUAGUUCCGAAGGAAGCUCCUGGUCGCCCAGUCUGCGAAUGGCAGGGGAGACCGGGCAGCUGAGAGACUUCAUCGAGGAUCUUGGUCCUGCACAAGUAGUUGGAAGACAAGCAUUAGGUGCCGGUUAUCUCGGUGCCAUACAGUUAUCACUUAGCCAAACGAAAGGCUAUCUCGAAGUAGAGAUCAUCCGUGCCAAAGAUCUUAAAACGAAAUUUGGAAGCAAAGGAAUCCCAGCUCCUUACGUGAAGGUUUAUCUUGUCAAUGGAAAGAAAUGUAUAGAAAAAGCGAAGACCUCGACGGCACGAAAAACGUUAGAUCCUUUUUAUCAAGAAUCGUUGGCAUUUAGAGAAAAUUUCCGGGGCUGUAUAUUGCAAGUUACAGUUUGGGGUGAUUAUGGCCGUUUCGAAGGGAAAAAAGUGUUCAUGGGCGUCGCACAGAUCGUAUUGGACGAUCUGAACCUGAAUCAGAUGGUGUUCGGAUGGUACAAACUGUUUGACGCCACAUUGCUGUGAAAUCACUACGAAUCGAUGGACUUUCGAGUGAACGUGAAACGGAGGAAAAGAGAUCGGCGCGUUUCUUAGACGUCGAUGGACCAUGAUGGAAGAAAAUCUGAGAAAAAAGAAGAAGAUGAUGAAGAAUAAAAAGAAGUAGAAGAAGAAGAAGAAGAAGAAGAAUAAGAAGAAAAAGAAGAAGAUAAAACAAGUUUUUCUUGAAAAUAAAGAAUGAAAGUCGAUAAACAUACGAGGUGAGAAGAAGUGUACCUCCGUGCAACUAAAUAAGAUUUUAUCGUCGUGUGAUAAAAAAAGAAGGAAAAGAAAAAAAAAAUAAUAAUAAUAAUGAUAAAACGACGAAGAUAAUAACGAAAAUAAAUAAAUAAAUAAAUAAAAAAUAAAUAAAUAAUAAUAAUAAUAUUAAUAAUAUUAAUAUUAAUAAUAUUAAUAAAACUAAGAAUAAUAAUAAUAAUAAUAAUAAUAAUAAUAAUAAUAAUAAUAAUAAAAAUAAUAAUAAUAAUAAAAUAACAAACCAAAACCAAGACGGAACAAGAGGAAGAAAGGAAGAAAGCAAAGCAAGAAAAAAUUAAAUAAACUUAAACGUUAUUAAAAAAAUGGACUGUUUAAAACACGAUACGAUUUGAAAGAGACGAGAUCAUCGCGAACCGUUCGCGAGUCAUGAUAAACAUAUUUUAUAUAUAUAUAUAUAUAUAUAUAUAUAUAUAUAUAUAUAAUAUACAUGCGUACAUAUACAUAUAUACAUAUACACACACGUAUAUAUAUUAAAAAAAAAACACGAUGUUUGUGCAAAAAUUUAAUAUAUAAGGCGGAAGUGAAGAAGUUGCUGAUGACGAAGAUAAUGAAGAGGAAAAUGAAGAAGAAGAAGAAGAAGAUGCUGCGAAAGAAGAUAAUGAGGAGACAAAAAAGACGUUUCAAUGCUACAAUUUGUAUAUAUAUAUAAUCUUUAAACAACGCCGUGCGUGUGCGUGAGAGGUUUUUAAACACAAAAAAGAUUACCAAAUAAAUAAAUAAAUAAAUAAAUUAUUAAAUAAAUAAAUAAAUAUAUAUAUAUAUAAAUAAAUAUAUAUAUAUAUAAAUACAUACAUACGUACGUAUACAUACAUGCAUACAUAUACCUAGAGACACUUUCAAUUUAUCAAAGAAGAGAGGCAAGAGUGAACGAUCUUUUUUUUCCGAUGAACGAUUCGCAGCAGCAGCAGUAACAGCAGCACCAAUGGACUAUUAAGAAUAAAUGGGGAAAAAAAAAAGAAAUAAAAAAGGAAACAAAAGAGAAAAGAAAAGAAAAGAAAAGAGAGGGGAAAAAAGAAAGGGUAAAUGAGUUUGAGAGAAGGGACAUGUAAGUGGUGGUUAAGAAAAAAAAGAAAAGAAAGAAAGAGAGAAACAAUUGUUGUCGCGGAUUUUUUAGUCCAACUAACGUCACCGUCAACAACAAAUAAGCAACAAGAAUAAAAAAGAAAAAAAAGAAAAGAAAAGAAAAGGACAAAAAAAUACCUGCGAUUGUCAUUUGUUGUAAAUACUGUAAUAAUUAAUAUACAUAUGAUAUACAUAGAAAUAUACACAUACAUAUACAUACAUAUAUAUAUAUAUAUCUAUCUAUAUGUAUAUGUAUAUAAAAUACAUGCAUACAUACAUACGUACAUACAACAUACAUACAUACAUACGUACAUACAUUUGCGAUACCGCGUGCACGCAAGUUUUGAAUGUAAUAUCGUUGCCUUCGCUAUCGAUGAUUGUAUAUUGUGUACCACACUUCUUUCCGUUUGUCUCCUUUCUUUCUCAUUCGUCUUCUUUUUUCGCCUUUCGAACGACAGCUCCCUCCUCCCCUAUCCAUCAGCUCACCCCUGCCACCCCUCCACCCGUUUUUCCAUCGACUUAUUAACAAAUUUUCCGAUCGCAAAAACUGAUUAUUCCUUUUUUUAUAAAUCUUGAGUGACCACAUUACGAAUCUACGAAUCUAUCGUGCGAUUUCAGGACCGUAUUUAUAAUGUUCGAGACCCUAGGUGCAACAUAUAACAUUUAUGAAAAAGAGAACUAAAAAAAAUUUUUUAAUCGUAAAAAAGAAUUUUUAAUCAAUCAAAUUCGCACGUGCGCGUUCUGUAUUUCUUUGUUUAAUAUUUCACUCAUUAAAGAUAGAAAAUUAUUUGCUCUCUACGAUAAAUUCAUUAUUAAGGAUAUGAAUGAAAGAAAUGGAAAAAGAAGCAUGAGGUUUGAUUGGAGUAAAUCGGUUGCGCCUAACGCGUCUCGUGAUAAAUACGAUUCUAUGCGAUUUUUUAAAAAAGGUUACUCACGUAUGUACUUACUUACUUUAUGACGUACAAUCAACUCUGAUAAAACUUAGCGAUUAUUCUAAUCGUAGACAAAUAUCAUGAAAGAAAGAAAGAACACACAUACACAGAUAGACAAACAAAUACAUGUAGGUAGCAAGAGAGAGAGAGAGAGAGAGAGAGAGAGAGAGAGAGAGAGAGAACGAGAGAGAUAUAUAUACAUAUAUAUAUAUAUAUAUAUAUAUAUAUAUAUAUAUAUUUAUACACGUAUGUACGUGAUCACAUCACGUGAUAACACAAUUUUUGAUUCUAUUCCUUACGAACGUGCAUGUAGUUGAAGAUGUAUGUAUUUCGAGAAAAUUUGAAAGAAAGAUAAAAAAAAAGAAACAAAAAAAACAGAAAGAAAAGGAAUUCAAUUAUUUCUUUGGUGAUAAGAAGCGAUCGUUAAAUCUUUUUUGAGUCGUUCGAAAAACGAUAUAGGAGCUUUCGGGGGAGGAGAGUUAGAGUUAAAGUCUCUGUUGGUUACGGUAUUAGAAGGAGAGAGAUAAAGAGAAAAAGAGAGAGAGAGGGAGAAAGAGAAAGAGAUAGAGAUAAAGAGAAAGAUAGAGGUAGAGAGAGAAAGAGAGAGAGAGAGAGAGAAAGAAGAAAACGCUUUUUUAUUAUCCCAUUCGCGUGUGCCGAAUAUCAACGCGAGCUUCUCAUCGAGCUUGAUUUUUGUAAGAGUCCUUCGUCGAAUUUUUCAAACGAAGAAAAGAAAAAGGAAAAGAAAAAAGAAAAAGAAAGAGAGAGAGAAAGUUACCCUUCAAGGUUUGGCCAAAGACUAUGUAAAAAUUCGUGCAAGUUUCACCUGUAUCUUCUAGGGCUAUAACCCUGAAUAAUUUUGUCAACUUUUCUUGAAGAAGGAAUAAAACUAAAAAGAAAUAAUAAAAUAUGAUAAAAAAAGAAAGAAAAGAAAAGAGAUGAAAAGAAAGAGAAAAAGAAAUAAAUAAAUAAAAAAAGAAAGAAAUACAAAUAAAAAGAAAAAUUGGAAACGAGAAGAGCGCUGAACCUUUAAGGGACUUAACUCGACAAAUUAUUAUUGCAAAGGAGAGAGAGUGAGAGAGAGAGAGAGAGAGGGAAAGAAAGAAAUGAAAGUGUUGUGUGUGUAUGUGAAUGUGUGUAUGUGUGUAUGUAUGGGUGGAUGGAUGUAAGAGAGCGAAAGAGAUGAUAGCGAUUAGAAGAAAGUGUGUUUGUAAAACAGAGAGAGAGAGAGAGAUAGCUAGAAUAUGAAAGACAAAAAUGAUAAAAAGGAAAGAAUCGACUUUCAAUAUUUAAUCGUGUUAUGUGUUCGAUCUUUUUUUGCACCUGCAAAAAAAAAUAUAUAUAUAUAUUGAAAUAUAUAUAGUUUUAAGUAACCGAACUCUCGUUACCGACAUGCACCACACUACAUAUAUCAUAUAUGUAUAUAUAACAUUAAUUACGUUCAUGUGUGGCGUGCGCGUUUGUUUCGAGAAUCGAUCGUAUUGAACGAAUCACGCUAAUAAUAUAACAUUGCAAGAGGGUUACAAGUUUCUUGUUUCUUUCUUUUCUUUUUUCUUUCUUUUUUUCUUUUUUUUUUAAUGAUGCGAACUACUUGCGAAAGAAUAUAUAUAUACACACAUAUAAUAUAUAUGUAUAUAUUUAUAGAGAGAAAACAAACGAGAGAAACAAAAUUGAAUGAAAGUAUGUGUGCGUGUGUGUGAAAAAAAGAGAGAAAGAAAGAGUAAAUAAUUAUGAGAGAGAGAGAGAGAGAGAGAGAGAGAGAGAGAUGGCGAGAAUGAAUAAUAUCAUCGUGCUUUAUCGUUUUACGUAGGGCAAUUUUUGCACAAGAUAAAGAUAAAGAUAAAGAUGGAAACGAAGAUGAAGAUGAAGAAGAGGGAGAAGGAGAAAAAGCGAAAGAAAAAAAAGACAAAGAGAGAGAGAGAGAGAGAGAGAGAGAGAGUGAGAGAGAGAAAAAAAAGAAAACAAUUAUAAUAAUAAAUAUAUAAUGAUUAACUUCUUAACGGAUUCCGCACGUACUACCUAACUUAAAAUUACUAUAAUAUCUAACAUAUAAAUUAACUAAACCCUCUAUACGAGGAAUAAGUUUACACUUUUUUUAUCGGUCGCUCGCCAGUUUAUCACGAAUAUCGACGCGCAUUAUUCGUUCUUGGCCGACAAAGCGGGCCUGUUCCACCCCCCGCCUCCCCCUGGACCCCCGACCUACGACCCUUGACCCUUUUUGGGUAGAAAAACUUAAAAAAGAUAUCUAACAUAAAAGAAAGAAAAAUAGAAAUGAAAAAGAAAGAAACAAGAAUAAAGAAAGAAGGAAUGAUAAAGAAAUGGAAAUAAAGAAAAGAAGAAGAAGGAAGAGGAAGUGCAAAAGGGAAGAAGAGAAAGAGAAAGAAGGACAGAAAGAUGAUAGUGUGCAUGUGUAUAUACAUUGAUACAUACAUACAUAUAUACGUACAUUCAUACAUACAUGCAUGCAUGCAUACGUAAUACGUAUCAAUAGAAUUGUAUGAGAGAUAGAUAGAGAGAGAGAGAGAGAGAGAGAGAGAGAGAGAGAGAGAGAGAGAGAGAAAGAGAGAGAGAAAGGGAGAAUGAGUGAAAGAGAAAAUUCGAAAGAGAUAUAAAAUCUUUUUCUUUUUUUUUUUAAUUUCUUUUUUUAAUUCUUACGUUUGCAUUUUACGCGUACGUUUGUAUUACUUUUUUUAUUAUCCUUAAAGACAACCGGGCAAAAAAUAAGAGGACAAGAAGUAACUUCAUCGUUUUUAUUCUAAUCGAAUCUAGCUAAAUCGUAUUGAGGUAUUUUGUUAAUACGAUAAUAUAAUUGUAAACAGAGAAACGUUCGGGUUAGCUUUUUUAAAACGCGUUCUGUUUUUUUCUUUUUCCACAAAUUUUUCUUCUAUGGAAUACAGAGAGAGAAAGAGAGAGAGAGAGAGAGAGAGAGAGAGAGAGAGAGAGAGAGAAAAGAGAUCGCUAUCGCUUUUGAAGUUAUCAUCGUUGAUUUCUAAUCAGCACUUCGUCCUCGUUUUUCUUUUCAUCCGAUGCGAUGAAAGUCAUCGUCGUCGUCGUCGUCAUCGUCGUCGUCGUCGUCGUCGUCGUCGUUGCCAUCGUUAUCGUCGUCGCCGUCGUCGUCGUCGUCGUCGUGGUCGUCGUCGUCGUGGUCGUCGUCGUCGUCCUCAUCCGUGGUUGUCUAACGAAAUGAAUCCUUUAACGCGCGCGUGCAUGUGUGUGUGUGUGUAUGUGUGUGUUACAUACGUGUUUUUUUACCUGUUUGUGUAUAUAUAUAUAUAUGAGCGAAAGAGAGCUUGCAUAUCGCCUUCGAGAAGCUAUUGAGUCUUGCUACGCCAUCAUGGAGCUUUUGGAUAGUUAUAUUAAAAAAAAAAAAAAAAAAGAAAACUGAGAAAAGAGUACAUAUAUUAUAUACAUAAAUACAUAUAUGUAUCCUUUUAUAUAUAUAUAUAAAUAUAUAUGUAUAUAUAUGUAUAUAUAAAAGGAAUGAAGAACAGUAAAAGAGAAAGAACAUGAAAAAAAGCUUGUCCAUUUUAUUUUGUGCGGCUUCUUUUGGCUAUAUGGUGCAUAACGUAGGUGUUAAAUAAAUAAAAUUUGUUCAUCAAUAAUUUGAUAAUAUUCGUGAAUGAUAAAGGGAGGAAUGGUGAGAGGGUGGGAGGGUGGGAGGGAUGGAAGGAGGGAGAUAAUCAACGAAAGGAAAGUGGAAAAGGUUCGUGUAUUUUAUUGAUAAGUGUGACAUUUUAUCGUAUCCAAUAAUGUGCUUAAUAACAUUUAGAAAUGUAUACGGCAAAGAGGGAGAAAGAGGGAGAGAGAGGAAGAGAGAGAGAGAGAGAGAGAGAGAGAGAGUGAAAGAGAAAAAGAGAUAAAGAUAGUGAUAAAGAUAGGCUUUUUUACUCGUGAGAUUAACGAAGAUAUUAUAAAAUAGAUAGAAAGGGACAGAGAGAGAGAGAGAGAGAGAGAGAGAGAGAGAGAGAGAGAGAGAGAGAGAGAGAGAGAGAGAGAGAGAAUGAUAUCUUGUGAAACGUAAAAAAGAAAACUAAAAAAAAAAAAAAUGAAAAAAAGAAAUCAUUGAUCAAGACGAACAUACGGAGAUAUCUGAAAGAAAAUCUGUAAAUCUUUGAAAUUAUUUAUUAUUGACAUAUAAAAUAAAACGAUUUUGCGAUUUUCCGAGUGCGAUGAAAAAAUUAUUCGAUUAAAUACUUAAAAAAAAAAAAAAAAAAAAGCAGAAAAAGAAAUAAAGAAAAAAGAUGAAUGAACAUGGACGAAUCACGAAAUAUAAAAUAGGAGAAUGAAAACAGAGAGUUCUUGUCUAUGUUCCAUUUUUUCUUUCUUUUUUCCUUUUUUUUUUUAUAAAAAUAAAAAAUGAGAAGGAAAAGGAAGUCAAUCACGGAUUAUACAGAAACAUGAUACAUACAUUGAAAUAAAAUUAAAAAGGACUAUUAUAAAGAUUAUAAUGUGACGUGAAUGUAAAAGAGUUUACAAGGGACGAAAGAUAAAAAGAACAAAGAGGAAAAGAAAGAUAAAAAGAGAAAUAGAAAGAGAGAAAGAAAGAGAGAGAUAGAAAAAGAGAGAUAGAAACGAACAAAUUAACGAUAUUCACAACUUUGUACUUAUACAAACUUAAUUAACUAUAUAAUUAAUUUAACCGAACCAGGUGAUAUAAAAAGAUUAAAAGUCAUAACGAAGAUAUGUAAGAGAAAAAGAGAGAGAGAGAGAGAGAGAGGGAGGGAGAGAGAGAGAGAGAGAGAGAGAGAAAAGAUGAAUACCGAAGUGAAAGAAAAUUGAUCGAAGGGGGUAUAUUCGAAGUAUGGGGGAGAUUUCAGGGAAAUUAAGAACAAUAUAGAAAUGGUUAAAAGAAAAGGAAAGAAAAAAAGAAAGAGAAAACAAGACCAAACUAACGAGAAAUGAAGAAGUAAAGAGAAAGAAAUAAAAGAUUAGAAAAAAGAAAAAGGAAAAAAAAAGGAAAUAACAACAACAACAACAACGACACGUAUGAAAUGCCUGAGAGUCAAAGAAAAACGGGGUAAAAAAUAUUAAGUCAAAGUUUACGAACCGUUUUAGAUUUCUAAUCGCGAUAUAUUAUGAAAGUCUAAAUGAUUGGUGUGUGUGUCUGUACGUUCGUGUAUAUGUGCGAGUAAGAGAGAGAGAAAGAGAGAGAGAGAGAGAGAGAGAGAGAGAGAGAGAGAAAAGAGGAAAGAGAAAGAGAGAAAAAGAGAGAAAAUAACGAAAAAAUUCGGAAAAGUGCGAUUAAUUAUGUCGAUCAUGAUACAAAUAACGUAACAUAAUUUAUAAAUAAAAAAAUUUCGAGAUAAUAUUUAAAAUUCAAUUCGACGAUAUAUUCGACUUUCUUUAAACUAUCACUCUCUUUUAUUUUCUUUAAUCAUUCCUGUCUCUCUUUCUCUCUCUCUCUCUCGCUUUCUUUCUUCCUUUCUCCCUCUUUUUUAUUUUCGAAUCGAUCCUCGAGUUUGUACUUACAUCGAUUUCAAUAUAAAAGAGAAAAUUGAGAGAUAAAUAAGUAAAACGGAAUCGAUAUAAUGUUAUAAAUAAAUUUUCUUUACGAAUUUGUAAGAAUAACUAUUGAUUCGAUCGAAACGCGAGGAUCUAUGAUCGAACGCAAAAAAUAUAAAGAAGAUCGGUGUGUUUGAUGAGAGAGAGAGAGCAAGAGAGAGAGAGAGAGAGAGAGAGAGAGAGAGAGAGAGAGAGAGAGAGAGAGAGAGAGAGAGAGAGAGAGAGAGAAAGAAUAUGAGUAUAAAUGUGAGAAAAAGAGAAAGGAAGAUGGAGAGAAAGAAAAUGAUUGUAAGGAAGUACAGGAUGAUCUUUUAUGUUAACAAGAAAGAUAACGAUGGACGCGAAUAUACAAAUGAUAAGAACAAAAAUAAUUCAAAUAGUACGAUUAAACGACGCCUCGUAAGAUGCAUACAUACAUACAUACAAUAACAGUCGAAAAAUAUUCAUAGAUCGUAAUCAAUAAUCCAUAGAUUAUUUUUUGUUUGAUUUUAUUCCUAACUAAACAAAAAAAGAACAAAAUAAAAGAAAAACAAGAAACAUAAAAAAUUCUGCGAUGGAUCGCGAGCUGGAAAGAGAGAGAGAGAGAGAGAGAGAGAGAGAGAGAGAGAGAGAGAGAGAGAGAGAGAGAGAGAGAGAGAGAGAGAGAGAGAGAUAAUUGAUGGGUAUUAUUCAACGUGAAAAAAAAGAAGAUUUUAAGAACUUGGAUAAAAGUAAAAUUUAUCAAGUAAAAAAAAUUUUCUCACGAACUCAUCCGCCAUUGAAUUGAAAAUUGACCGAAAUUCCUGAUGCCCCAUUGUUUUUUGGUUCUUGUCUUUUUCCUUUUCUUUUUCUCUUUCUCUUGUUCAUCCCUCGACGUAUGUAUGUAUCUAUACCAUAAUUAAAACUGAAUCGAACAAAUCGAUAAUGUUUCGAGCGUCGUCGAUUCGUCGUUUGAACUUACAUGAAAGUGAUAUCAAUGAGAAAAGAAACAGAAAAAUUGAACAAACAAACGAAAACGAUAUAUAAAAAAAAACAGAAAGGAAGAAAGAAUGAAAGGAAGAAAAUAAUAAUAAUAAUAAUACUAUUAUUACUACUACUACUACUAAUACUACUACUACUACUACUACUACUACUACUACUACUACUACUACUACUACUACUACUACUACUACUACUACUAAUAAUAAUAAUAAUAAUAAUAAUAAUAAUAAUAUUAUUAAUAAUAUUAAUAAAAAUAAUGAUAACAAUAAUAAUAAUAAUAAUAAUAAUAAAAACAAAUAAUAAUAAAUAAUAAUAAAUAAUAAUAAUAAAAAGAAUAAAAUGUUAAAAAAAAGAGGAAAAAAAUAAAAAAGGAAAAAGAAAACAUGAGAAGACAGUCCGAAGUGCCGAGGUCCGAGAAUGAUAAUACGCGUCGUGUGCGUGUGUGCGAGGAACAUUAAGAGAAGCCAGAUACGAACCAAGAACAACAACAACAACUGCAACAAGCACAACAACAACAACAACCACAACAACAACAACAAAAAUAACAAAAGCAACAACAAGAAAAAGAACGAAAAAAAGGAAAAAAGAAACAAAACUAAAUAAAUAAAGAAAUAAAGAAAUAAAGAAAUAAAUAAAUCAAUCAAUCAAUCAAUCAAUCAAUCAAUCAAUCAAUCAAUAUUCGCGAGAAGUGAUGUGGUGGUAUGUACGUGGCAAAAAAUAUAUAGGGGAAAAAAAAGUGAAAAGUCGCAAAAAAAAAAAUGAAAAAAAAGAAAGAAAGAAAGAAAGAAAGAAAGAAAUAAGAACACACACGCAUAUACGUAAAUACACACAUAUAUACAUAUAUACAUACAUACAUAUUUAUACACAUAUACAUACACAUAUAUAUAUAUACAUAUACAAACACAUACACAUGUACACACACCUGAACACGAGAAAAAUAAGAGACAGGAAAAAAGAAUAUAUUUCGCUGUUGUCGCUCGAUGAGAGUUCGCGGUGGGAUGGCACGAAGCGAUUAAUAUAAAACGCGUUAGUGACUGUAUCUAGUAUAAUAUACCAGAUAAAAAAGAUACCCUCGAUGCCAGACAUGGCGUGUGACAAUAAAGUGAUUCAAUGAUCUCGUUGCAUUUCAAUCGGUGUCUCACCUUUCAUGUUAUAUAUAUAUUUUCAAGCGCAUACCUUUUUUUGUAAUAUGAGAGACGAUUUAAGAAGAAAAAAAAAGAAAAAAAAAAAAAAAAAAAAAGAAAAAAAAAUGGGAAAAAAAGCGACGACAACACGAGUAACCAAAAAAAAAAAAUAAUAAUAUAUAAUAUAUCUCCGAUAAAAUGGCGCCUCGAAGAAGAAAAAAAAAAGAAAAGAGGAGAGAGAGGAGAAAGAAAGAGAGAAAAAGAGAAAGAAAGAAAGAUUCGAGAUAGAGCGAGAGAGAGAGAGAGAGAGAGACAGAGCGAGAGCGAGAGAGAGAGAGAGAGAGAGAGAGAGAGAGAGAGAGAGAGACAAAGCGAGAUGGUAUUUUUUAUUUCCCUAUUAUUCAUAAUUUCACCGUUUGUCAUGUUCACGAAUAUUUCUAACGAAAUAAAUUAAUUAAUUUGAAAGAAAAU